UGUCUCUUUAAGAAGCUUGUCUCGCGUGAAGUGAUGGUGACGUGUCUGUUGUGCUUGUCAGUACACACGGACACUCCCGGCCGGUGUCGACCCAGAUUGAUCGCUGUGCUGGACUGUCUAUUUUAACAAUCAGGUGGACAUUCGGAACACCAUGGGUAUCAAAUUCUUGGAAGUGAUCAAGCCAUUCUGCGCAGUUUUGCCAGAAAUCCAAAAACCUGAAAGAAAGAUCCAAUUCAGGGAGAAGGUUCUAUGGACCGCCAUCACACUCUUUAUCUUCCUGGUUUGCUGCCAAAUCCCUCUCUUUGGCAUCAUGUCAUCAGACUCUGCAGAUCCAUUUUACUGGAUGAGAGUGAUUCUGGCCUCCAAUCGAGGCACAUUGAUGGAGUUGGGCAUCUCCCCUAUUGUCACCUCCGGCCUGAUCAUGCAACUCCUUGCUGGGGCUAAAAUCAUCGAAGUUGGAGACACACCCAAAGACAGAGCCCUUUUUAAUGGAGCGCAGAAACUGUUUGGAAUGAUCAUAACCAUUGGCCAGGCUAUUGUUUACGUGAUGACUGGCAUGUAUGGUGACCCCUCAGAGAUGGGAGCUGGAAUCUGUCUGCUCAUCAUCAUUCAGUUGUUUGUGGCCGGGCUGAUCGUACUGCUGCUGGAUGAGCUGCUCCAAAAAGGCUACGGUCUUGGCUCGGGCAUCUCACUGUUCAUCGCAACCAACAUUUGCGAAACCAUCGUUUGGAAGGCUUUCAGCCCUACCACUGUGAACACCGGCAGAGGCACAGAAUUUGAGGGAGCCAUCAUCGCCCUUUUCCAUCUGCUGGCAACCAGGACGGACAAAGUGCGCGCCCUGAGAGAGGCUUUCUACAGACAGAACCUGCCCAACCUCUUGAACCUCAUUGCCACCGUCUUUGUUUUUGCCGUAGUCAUAUAUUUUCAAGGAUUCAGAGUUGAUCUGCCAAUCAAGUCGGCUCGCUACCGCGGCCAGUACAACACUUACCCCAUCAAGCUCUUCUACACCUCCAACAUUCCCAUCAUCCUGCAAUCAGCGCUGGUCUCCAACUUGUACGUCAUAUCCCAGAUGCUGUCCACACGCUUCAGUGGCAACUUCUUGGUCAAUCUGCUCGGAACGUGGUCUGACGCUUCAAGUGGCGGUCCAGCUCGGGCAUAUCCCGUGGGUGGUCUUUGUUACUACUUCUCCCCGCCUGAGUCAUUUGGAUCAGUUCUAGAGGAUCCAGUGCACGCCCUUAUCUAUAUUGCCUUCAUGCUCGGAUCAUGCGCUUUCUUCUCCAAAACCUGGAUCGAAGUCUCGGGCUCCUCUGCAAAAGAUGUGGCAAAACAGCUGAAAGAGCAGCAGAUGGUGAUGAGGGGACACAGGGAGACUUCCAUGGUUCACGAACUCAACAGGUACAUUCCGACUGCGGCUGCAUUCGGCGGGCUGUGUAUUGGCGGUCUGUCGGUCAUGGCUGACUUCCUCGGCGCUAUCGGCUCAGGCACGGGAAUCCUUUUGGCUGUCACCAUCAUUUAUCAGUACUUUGAGAUUUUUGUCAAAGAGCAGAGUGAAGUAGGCAGUCUAGGAGGAUAUUUCUUUUAGAAAUUCCCACGUUUGAGCAACUCUUAUCAGCGUCUUGCGUAUUUUUGACACCUUUUGUGAAGCACUCCCCUCAUCAGCUUCCCGUCAGUAGGACUUUUUGGAUUCUCACAUCAAAUGAGGUGCCGGACGUGUGAGAUGACAGAAUUUCAUCAAUUAAAGACUGCCUUUGUGA